AUGUCAGGGGUAGAUCGCCAGGAUCAAAUGGCAUCAUACUACCCCUGUGAAAGAAACGCAAAAAAAAUAUCACUGUACGACUACAGGAUCUCAGUUAUUGAAAGUUUAUUACCUCAAAAAGACAAUAAAACACAGAAAAAUUCUGAGGCGAAAAAAACUGAAGCACAUUUACCCAAAAAACCAGUGCUCAUACAAAUAGGUAUUCAGAUCCCACUAGUAAAAACAUUACCUAAACCGAGAUGGAACUUUAGGAAAGCUAACUGGACUGCCUUCUCAAAAUCUCUAAACGAUAACAUCAGGUGGAUCGAUCCAAUAGUGAACAACUAUGAACGCUUCAUUGGCAUGGUCAAGGGAACUGCAAAACGCUAUAUUCCCCAUGGCUUCAGUCAUAAAUAUAUCCCCUGCUGGAAUGAGGAAAGCGACAGACUGUAUACAGAAUACCAAAGGAAUGACCAAGCAGAAACUGCGGACAAACUCUUAGGAUAUUCGUUAGCUAAAGGACGCAAGGACCACUGGACUGAAACCGUAGAACAUAUAGAUUUUAAACACUCUAGCCGGGAAGCCUGGAACGUACUACGCAGACUAGAUCCCAGCCAGAAUCGAGGUGACGGUGAACCUGAAAUAAAACCUAAUGCAUUUGCGAAUCGAUUGAUAGAAACGUCAAGAGCCAAAAUCGACAAAGAUAUAUUUAGGAAAUUGACUAUGGACCUCAAAGUAAAGAAAACCCAUGCAGUGGAAAAAUCUAAGUGGGCUGAAAAAUUUACUCCCGAAGAAGUACAACUAGCAUUAAAACGUGUAAAACUUAGGAAAGCAGCUGGACUCGAUGAAAUCUACCCGGAGUUUAUAAAAUAUAGCGGACCCAAGACAAUUAAAUGGCUUUCUCUCUUCUUCUCCGAUGUCCUCCAUACGGGAAAACUACCGAAACUCUUUAAACAAACAAAAAUUUUAGCAGUCUUAAAGCCAGGAAAACCAAAAAAUGAUGUAAGCAGCUAUAGACCGAUAUCGCUACUAAGCGUAUGCUACAAAUUACUGGAAAGAUUGAUCUACAACCGCAUUGUUAGCACCAUUGAUGACACUAUCCCACUUUAA